GUGCCGAUACUCCCUGCCUGAGCGACUGACCUCAUUGCUCGCCAUCCCGAGCUUCGCUGAUAAAUCGAGGACAACGACUUAACGAGGCCAGUGAGUGAGGAAAAACAAACCCGUGAGCCCAUCAAGGGUCCAUCGGAUUCCAAAUCAUGGAAUGCGUAAGCAGCUCUUCUGGAAUAAGCGCAGGCACACAACCGAGCUUUGGCACCUUGAACUAAAGCUAGGAGUGUGAUGUGCAGCAAUCAAGAGUCUACAGAACUUCGCUGCCGCUUCUUGGACCUAUCAUCCAGGUCCUAGUUUCAGAGGCAUUGCUACUUUUUCUCAGAGUCGGCAGAAAGACGACUUUCAGACGCUCCAUGCAUUAGCAGGAGGCUAGUGAAGUCACGUCAGGAUGAACAGAUUUGGGAUCUCUGCUCCAAACAAUCCACUGUAGAGCAGGAUGAGGAGAUUGGAUCAUUGCUCCUAACAUUCCACAUUAGAGCAGGAGAGCAGAGGAGUUGUGUCGACCGCGGGGCCAUAGCUUUUUUCACCACUAUAUCAGGCUCCUUGCGAAGAUUUGCUGUUACCUCUCAGAGCUGAGGCGGGCCCCGGUCACUUGCAAAUGUGAGCAGCAGCUUGUCUUGUCGACUAUUAUCAUAUGUAUGAGGGAUUCCACUGAAGAUUGUGCGUACUAUCGAACAGCCCUUCUCGGUUUCACUCCCAGACUCCCGUGCUGGUGUUUGCGCUGGCUGGUGGGAAGGUUUACUGUCUGCAGCCUUCAGCAGACAAGACUAAGAGUGCGUGGAACGAACGAUCGAUCCAACCAACGGAGGCAGGUCACUUUCCACCAACUUCGGUCCGGUUCGAUUCUGCGUUCGUACUUAUUACUGCAGAGCCUUCUGCAGUCGCUAGGAUGCUUGACUCUCAUUCGGACCCUACCGGCGCAGUUCACUUGACCUUCGACGAUUGAUCUCGCCGUAAUUUCAGCGCACAUUUCCACUUCAGCAUGGUAUACCAGCAGGAACAGUGAACAUCGUCACACUCUUGCAACUGUCAAUCAUCGGUAGCCUCGGCAGCUGUCGCGAAUACGCACUCGAACAGUCUUCCAAGUGCUUGAUUCGCAGCCUAAGCAAGGCCCCGAGUCGCAGCUGCUGCUCUUGUGCAGACUGCAUCAGACAGCGUGAAGCUGCGUGCUGCUAGCCAGUUUUCAUUCGAACCAGCGGGGGCGGCAUGUCGAACUUUAAUAUGGAUAUCGUAGACAUUGGGCAGCGAUUGGGAUCGGUGGCUUUCGAGCUGAGCUCGCAACCGAGGGUCUGGCUGGCUUUUCUGUUUGCAGCAGCUGCUUGGCUCAUGUCCAUGCCUUAUUUGCGUUUUGUUGGCAAGAAGCUACCUCCCGGACCUCCUGUUUGGCCUGUUCUGGGCUCGCUGGCUUAUCUCGGAGGGGAGCUCCACCAUGCUCUGUGGGGCCUGUCCAAAAAGUAUGGCGAUGUGAUGCGAGUCGGGCUAGGACAGUACACCUUGAUCGUCGUAUCAAGCGCCGAUAUCGCCGAAGAGCUCAUGAGGAAACGGGACUCUGAAUUCUGUCAUAGAUCCGGCCGAACUAUCCAACGCAGCGCUGCGAAAUACGUCGGCUUCGAUUCCAUGGACAUUGCGUUCUCUGAGUACAAUCCCCAUCUGAGAAUGCUCAGAAAACUCUGCACGUCCGAGCUCUUCACUCUCUCUAGACUCCAUGCCUCCGCCAAGGUCCGGACAGGAGAGCUGGAAGUUUUGCUUGGGAAUUUCCGGAAGUAUUCCGAGAAGGGAGAGGCCAUCGAAGUCAGGGAGUACUUCCACAGUUUGACCAUGAACAUCAUGUGCCUCAUGAUGUUUGGAAAACGGUACUACGGGGAAGACGUGCCUGUCACAGCCGAGCUCAAUAACUUCAAGAGCCUGAUCAUCGACGUCUUCGACAAUGUGGGAAGGCUAAACCUGGCGGAUCUCGUGUGGUGCAUGCGGCCGUUUGAUCUGCAAGGAAUCAACAAGAAGUGGAAACAAAUUCGAGGCCGCUGCGAGAAGCUCUUCGGUCUAAUCAUCGAGGAGCAUCGCCUCCGUCGCAUCGAAGGGAAGACCCUCAAGGACGACAAGGACGACUUCGUGGACGUGUUGCUCUCGUGCCAAGCCUCGGACAAUCUUUCGGACAAAGCUAUCAUUGCACUCCUCAGUAACAUGGUGUUAGGAGGAACGGACACGACGGCGACAACUCUAGAAUGGUGUAUGGUGGAGAUCGUUCGCAAUCCUCUCAUGAUGCAGAGAAUGCAGGAGGAAGUGGACGCCCUGGUCGGAAAGGAGAGGGGAGUGGAGGAGGCGGACGUGGCCCAGCUGCCAUAUCUGACAGCGUUCGUGAAAGAAAUAUUCCGCCUGCACACGCCAGUACCCAUCACUCUCCCUCGCCUGAACGAGAGCGCGUCGAGCUUGGGGGGAUUCUACAUCCCUCCGGAAUGCACAAUCUUUGUCAACACGUACGCUAUGGCUCACGACGAACGAUAUUGGGACCGACCUCUGGAGUUCAACCCCGACAGAUUCUUGGGAAGCAACAUCAACUUGGUCGGCAACGACUUCCAGCUGGUCCCGUUCGGAUCCGGCCGCAGGAAAUGCGUUGGCAUCGCUCUGGGCAUGACGAUGGUGCAGCGAACACUCGCCGCUUUGGUGCACUCGUUCGACUUCGCUCCACAGCCCCAGGCGAGCAUCUCCGAGAGCUAUCUGCUCGUGCUGCGCAACAGCAUACCCCUGAAAGUCGAAGCCACCCCGAGACUGCCAGCCCACGUUUACCACACGACCACUCUGUAGUGGUACGCUCCACAAGCGCUUCAGAGUCGUCAGAAAUUUGAUGAUUUGCCCGAUUCGUUUGGAGCAUCGAGCAGCCUGCCUGCCUGCAGCUGAUGCAUGGAAUAUUUGGUGGCAGGCAAGGCAAGUAUCUGAAGAGGGAAGGCAUCACCGCCUGCCCUGUAGGAGGGCUCUCAUGGGUUCUGCGGAGUGUGUACAGAAUGACAGGCUUGACAUGCGCUUAGAAGCGUAAAGAAGGGUGUGUAUGCCACGAUCUGGCAUGGGGCGGCUACGGUUCAGCGACGGAGUUGAAAUGCCAGCAAGCUUGAAUCAUAUUGUUCUCAUGAACGAACCCGUGGACCGUGGCAGGACGACGGCACGAGUAUAGCAUACCGCGUGAUCGCUGUUUCCGGCAGGUCGAAGGAUCUUGUGCAGCAUCCAUUUUUUGACCCAUUGGUCGGGGGAGUUAUCUCCGGGGAUGAGAUUAGUGUACUCGACGACGUUUAACGAACACACCUCGUCCUUAGGCCGCAAUAUUAGCCUACGAUUUUCACCCAUUAUAGCUAAUUAAUCCUAUGCUGCGUCUGAAAUCGGAGAUUUCGAUCAGAGCUCUUCAUGUGAUGCUUACGGACAGUAUUUGCCGUCGAGCACGAUACGAGGAGUAAAGCCGCAGUAAUUUUUUCCUUGCUCGCUCGUCUGCGCUGUCCAAUUGAAUGUGUUCCUUUCGACGGGUUGUCGGCCCAAGUAUGUUCGCAGGGCAGUCAGGCCGGACAAGGAGGCCUGCCGAACCCUCAGAGAGCGGAGGAUCCUGUGCUGUGCUGUGCAUGCAAUGUCGUAUUCAUAUACGUGUGACCUCUCUCUACGCACCAGUCACCAGUCAAACUUUGCAACGAGCCGUCGAAAGCCCACAUUCAUUACUGCGAACUUUUGGAGAUAGUGCAGAUCUCGGUUUCUCGACAUCCCUCCGCGUUAUGAGGAGGUGAGGCACCCAGAUAAGUCGAUUUUUUUGUCUCGUUCCGAGAUAUGAAGUUGGAAGUUAACGAAAAAGAGCUAUGGCAGAUGACUGUAACAGAUGUGCUCUUACGGUCGGCAGCUAUCAUUUAGGUUUUCCACCACAAAGCAAUCGUGUCCGGGAUCUCCCCCCCUCACCAUGCAGCUCCCACAUAGAGGUGCUUUAUCAGGUGCGAAGCAUUAAAUUCCCAUCUGCCAAACUUUAGGUAGUCCCUGAGUUGGUCAUUCUAAGUCACACAACCCAGUCGAUCACACACAGAUCUUCGACCAGUGUCGACGUUGCAUCUUCUUCGUCCAAUCUGAGGCUCUAAAGCGACGGCCCCUCUUGAAAGUAGUUCGUGGAUGAGAAGGCGGGAAUUGGGGGAGGCGAACAUCGAGGCGAACAUUCAAAGCAGUGAGAUAUCUGUCUCUUGCUGCUUCCCACCACAAACGAAAGUGAAGAAGAAAGUUCCAACGCCAUCAAGUUUGGCUUGAUGGCGUUAGAACCUAUAAUAUUUCGGGGAAACGAGAUGCGUACCUUCAUUAAAGACGAAGUCGAGAGCAGGAACAAUGUUUAUCACCACCAUCCUCAUUUGUCUUACAAAAAAUGUCUUAUGUCUGGUCAAUCC